UGGCGCCCCGCGCCGCCGCCGGGUGACAGACGGCGCCGCCGCCGCCGGGGUGUGGAGCGCGGCCGCUGCUCGGGCUGCGCGUCCGCCGCUGCCAGCCUCCGCCAUGGACCUCUUCGGGGACCUACCCGAGCCCGAGCGCUCGCCGCGCCCGGCUGCGGGGAAGGAAGCUCAGAAAGGAUCCCUUCUUUUUGAGGACCUCCCUCCGGCCAGCAGUACUGACUCAGGACCAGGGGGACCUUUGCUCUUUGAUGAUCUCCCACCUGCCGGCAGUGGCGAGUCAGGUUCUCUUGCUGUGUCAAUCUCCCAGACCAUAAAGAAUGAAGGAAAAGGAGCAAAAAGGAAAACUUCUGAGGAGGAGAAUGGCAAUGAAGAGCUUGUGGAAAAGAAAGUUUGUAAAGCCUCUUCGGUGAUCUUUGGUCUCAAAGGCUAUGUGGCUGAGCGGAAGGGUGAGAGGGAGGAGAUGCAGGACGCGCACGUCAUCCUGAAUGACAUCACUGACGAGUGUAGGCCCCCAUCCUCCCUCAUCACUCGGGUUUCGUAUUUUGCUGUUUUUGAUGGACAUGGAGGAAUUCGAGCCUCAAAAUUUGCUGCACAGAAUUUGCAUCAGAACUUAAUCAGGAAAUUUCCUAAAGGAGAUGUGAUCAGUGUGGAGAAGACCGUGAAGAGAUGCCUUUUGGACACUUUCAAGCAUACUGACGAGGAGUUCCUUAAACAGGCUUCGAGCCAGAAGCCUGCCUGGAAGGACGGGUCCACUGCCACGUGUGUCCUGGCCGUAGACAACAUCCUGUACAUUGCCAACCUCGGAGAUAGUCGGGCAAUCCUGUGUCGUUAUAACGAGGAAAGUCAAAGACAUGCAGCCUUAAGCCUCAGCAAAGAGCAUAACCCAACCCAGUAUGAAGAGCGGAUGAGAAUACAGAAGGCUGGAGGCAACGUCAGGGAUGGACGUGUCUUGGGUGUGCUGGAGGUGUCCCGCUCCAUUGGGGACGGGCAGUACAAGCGCUGCGGGGUCACCUCCGUGCCUGACAUCAGACGCUGCCAGUUGACCCCCAACGACAGGUUCAUUUUACUGGCCUGUGAUGGGCUCUUCAAGGUCUUUACCCCAGAAGAAGCCGUGAACUUCAUCUUGUCCUGCCUGGAGGAUGAGAAGAUCCAGACCCGGGAAGGGAAGCCCGCUAUAGAUGCCCGCUACGAAGCUGCCUGUAACAGGCUAGCCAACAAGGCGGUGCAGCGGGGCUCGGCGGACAACGUCACAGUGAUGGUGGUGCGGAUAGGUCAAUGAGGCGCUACCCGCAGGUGUUGGCUUGCAGGUUCAUUCACGUGUGCACACUCUGUGUUUUGUGUACUCCUGUGGGGCUCCAUGGUUGUAAAUAAAGGUUUCUUUUUUUUUUCCUA